UAAAUUAGAUUAUCAACUCCCGUAUCGAGUUGAUAUACCAAUUAAUUUUCCUGCUCGUGUUAGAUUUCAAAAAUAUCGAGGUUUAAAAAGUUUUCGAACAACUAAAUGGGAUGUUAAAGAAAAUUUACCAUCUGAUUAUGGAAGAAUUUAUCAAUUUCCUAAUUUUCGAUCGAUGAUUAAACAAAUUCAAAAUGAACAAGAAAAUAAUCAACACAAACAUGAUCAUGCUCAGGUUCAUAGUUAUGUAACUCUCUAUGUAAAAGAUGUUCCUGUCAAUCGAUUUGAACCUGGUCAUCAUUUAUUUGUAACGGGUCUUUUACCAUAUGAACAAUGUCUUUCUGUAUUAAAUAUGGUUUUAAAUCGUACAAAUGAUAGUGAAAUAAUCGUUAAAUCAAAAGAACGUAUUAUAUUUCAUGUUGGUUAUCGUCGUUUUGCAAGUGCACCUAUUUAUUCUCAACAUACGAAUGGAGAUAAACAUAAAUUUGAACGAUAUUUUCGACCACAUCAAACAUUAGUAGCAACAUGUUUUGGUCCAAUAACAUAUCCGCCAGCAUCUGUUUUGGCAUUUAAGCAAUUUCCUGAUGGUCGUCAAGAAUUAAUUGCUACUGGUUCUCUUAUUUCAGUUAAUCCUGAUCGUUUAAUAUUAAAAAGAAUUGUUUUAAGUGGACAUCCGUUUAAAAUUCAUAAAAGAUCAGCUGUUAUUCGAUAUAUGUUUUUUAAUCCUGAUGAUGUUAACUGGUUUAAACCAAUUGAAUUACGUACACGUUGGGGUCGACGAGGACAUAUUAAAGAAUCACUUGGUACACAUGGUCAUAUGAAAUGUCAAUUUGAUGGAAUUCUUAAAUCACAAGAUACAGUAUUUAUGAAUCUGUACAAACGUGUUUAUCCUAAAUGGACAUAUGAAUCAUUGUCUAUUCAACAAGAACAACAAAAACAACAAUUAGAAAAUAAUGAAGAAAAUAUGCAAUGA